AUGGAGAAGGAGAGCCAUGCAUCCCCGUUUCGCAUUGUUAUGCUUCCAUGGUUGGCUCAUGGACAUGUCUCCCCUUACCUUGAAUUGGCCAAAAAACUCACUGCUCGAAACUUCAUCAUAUACUUGUGUUCUACCCGUGCAAAUUUGACUUCAAUAAGGUCAAAACUAAGUAAAAAAUUUUCAGAAUCAAUCCAACUUGUUGAACUCGAACUCCCUGAAAGUGAUCAGCUUCCAUCUCGUUACCACACUACCAAUGGACUUCCACCAAAUUUGAUGGCAACUCUCAAAGAUGCCUUUGACCGAUCUUGCCCUAGUUUUUGCAGAACCCUCAAACGGUUGAAGCCCAACUUGGUGAUAUAUGAUCUUCUUCAACCAUGGGCUCCUGCUGCUGCUGCAUCGGUUUGUAAUAUCCCUUCGGUGGUUUUUGUUAGUAGCAGUGCUACUAUGAGUGCUUUAUGGUAUCACUCCCUCACUUUUCCAGGUACCAAGUUCCCUUUUGAUUCUACUAUUUUUUACCGAGAAUAUGAAUCCGAUUUCGCUAAAAGAAUGGUGAAGCCAAGCAAAGACAAAAGGCGCAUCAUGCAAUGCAUUCAAAGAUCUACUGAUAUUGUUUUGGUGAAGGGCUUUAGAGAAAUUGAGGGCAAAUAUGGUGACUAUUGGUCCACUCUAAUUGAGAAAAAAGUUGUGCAUGUUGGCCAUUUAGUUCAGGAUCCUGCUAUUAAUAAUGAUGAUGAUGAUGAUUGUGAAGUGAUUGAAUGGCUAAACAAUAAGGCGAAGGGUUCCACCAUAUUUGUUUCCUUUGGGAGUGAAUAUUUUCUGUCUAAUAAAGAUUUGAUAGAAAUUGCUCAUGGCUUGGAACUUUCCAAUGUUAACUUUAUAUGGGUGGUUAGGUUUCCUACAGGGGUGGAAAAUAUUUCUCUUGAAGAAAUAUUGCCACAAGGAUUUUUCACUAGGGUUGGAGAUAGGGGAAAAAUUGUGACAGGUUGGGCACCUCAAGUGAAAAUUCUUACACAUCCUAACAUUGGAGGUUUUGUAAGCCAUUGUGGCUGGAAUUCGGUUUUGGAGGGAAUGAAAUUUGGUCUACCCAUCAUUGCCAUGCCCAUGCAGCUGGACCAACCUAUUAAUGCUCGUUUGAUCGAAGAAGUUGGAGUUGGUAUCGAAGUUUUGAGAGAUUCAAGUGGCAACCUUCAAAGGGAGACAAUAUCGAAAGUUAUUAACCAAGUGGUGAAGGGUAUUGAUGGAGAGCAAGUUAGGAAGAAGGCAAAAGAAUUGAGUGAGGAGAUUGGAUUGAAGGGAGAUGAAGAGAUUGAUGAGGUGGUGAAAGAAUUGGUGCAACUUUGUCUCAUGGAGAAGAACACCAAGAUCUACCCUUUACCAUCUGAUGAUUAG